AUGGCAAAUACUACUUUUCACAUUAACACUUUUAUACCAUGGAAUCCCCCUCCCCGCAAACCACACUUAUCACGCAAUUCUUAUAACAACUCCCGACGCGCAAAUCCCGUCUCCAUCAUCAACUGUCCAACCCUCCCCCAGCCACCGCAUUAUGGCCCCUCUGCGAAGAAGGCUUUCAUUCACCAUCAAGAAAAGCAGCACCCGCUCCCUGCUCGACCACCAAAUGAGGUGUGUGUGCAUAGCAGCAUCCGCUCCUGCACUCCACUGAGCUCCGAUCGCCGGUUUAGGGAGGAACACAUUCCAGUAUCUGACGGACCGCAUGAGGAUAAUCCCCUCAACGUCUUUGCUGCUUCACAAGCCCAAGAGCAUCGCCACAGUUCCCCAACCCCAAGUGCAGCUCCCCAGGUUGACUUCCGGGAUGCCGCAGAUGGCUCCGUUGAAUCCCCACCAUCAAUUCAGAGCACGGUAGAGGGGGAUUCUUCCUCGGACAGUAAUAUUUUGCCUCAUAUAGCUGGCAGUCCUUAUCCCGACGACCACAAUCAACAGCUUCGCAUCGCGGAUGACAGAUGUGGCCAGGGGGAACACGACCUUGUCAAUGGCAGCGACAAGUCCACUAUUUCCCGAAAGCGACCAUCCAACAGCACGAAGAGAGAGGGCCUUCCAAACGGUUUCGAACCUCCCCCACCACCAAUACCACCAUGUUGCAACCAACUGAAAAGUCUUUCACUCGCCUUUGCUCCCAUUUCUUACCGUUACCCGCCGAUGAGCGUUUACAGUUUCUUUCAUGGCUUUUCAAAGGAGCACUUCCGCGCUGCACAUCGAACCCCAACGGCGGCAGCAACAUUCCACCUAAUGCCUGUGAAGUCGAAGGUGCAAGCACAUGCGAAAUCAAAAGCGCACACAUGUGACAAACUAGCCCCCGGUUUCAACCUCACAACGCCGCAAAAAACCUGGGCAGUCAAUACCAUCCAGAUCGCGGCCAGACCACUCAGGACGUUGUGGAACGCGGCCGCAAGUUCGGCGAAUUCAUCAGAUGCCCUAGCACAAACAUUCGAAUCCAACACUGCAAGGCGCUCGGAGAUCAAUAACGAGGGCACCCUCCACGAGGGCUCGGCCUUCGAGAUUGUGUCCGCCUGUGCGGACGGUAAAAUUAAUACCCUUCGACUUGACAAAUUGAACCAGCACUCUCACAUCCUCUGCGUUUUGUGGAUGAACGAAGGCAAGCGGGGUGUCUGGACGAGCCAGAUUCCACACCUUACGCACGAUGGAGAACUCAGGUGA